AUGUACGAGACGAUGGUGGCCGGGGCCGAUAUGCGAAAACGAAUAUUGAAUGAUAGUCCAGAAGCGCCACUAACCGGCGAAGUGCAAUUUCCAGUGCUCCCGGUGGUCAAUGAUGAAAACGAAGUCACUGAUGGACGUCCAACAUUUGCCUUGGGUGAUGAGCCGGAGGUCCCAGUGAUCGAUGACGGCAAUGAGCGCUCAAAUGCUACAGGGAAUCAACCAACUGAAAACGAGCCCGACCAGUCAGCUGCCAAUGAACCGAUCGAUGCCACUUGCCCCACAUUGCCGUCGACGAUUUCUCCGAUGAUGUCCCUUGGUGUUUCGUUUCCCAGUUGUGCCUCCAACACGACCUGUUACAACUAUUUGGGUAUUGAUGAGUGCUUUCCACAAUUGUGCGAACCGUUGCCCGCUGGAGUGUCCACUCAAAUGUUUGCAAACGUGUUUGGUCUUCCGUGUACACUCUAUGGCUCGACAUUUGUAUGUUAUAGUUCACAAGGAAUGAAUGGAUGCUAUCAAACACAAGUCACAGCCAGCACCCCGAUUUCCCAAAUCUCCUCAAAUAGCCCAUCUACAUGCCCCUCAUUGCCGUCAACAGUUUCCCCGACAAUGUUCGUCGCAUUUGCUUCCCCUGGUAGCCUCGCGUGUCCAGCCGGUUCCACUUGUUAUUCGGUAGUCGGAAUCAAUGGAUGCUAUUCAACGGGCACCUCAACCACCACCAAAAAUUGCACAGAUGCUAGUCCAUCGUGCUCAAUCUGGGCCAAUUCCCACAAUUCUCCUCGUUUCUAUGAAGUUAUCGAAAAAACUGAUGCAUAUUAUUUCUUGAGGAAUCAAGUUAGAAUGGGAAGGCUCAAACGAGAGGUUGGACUUGAAACUGAUCAACCAAAAGUAAUCGAAUCAUCGAGUGAGUCGAGUGAGAAUGAAGAUAUUGCACCAAAGGGAAAACCGGUGUUAUUGAGGGAACCCCGAUACGAAUUGGCUAAUCUCGUGCUACUUAGCAUUCUCGUGUUCAUCGCCAUCUUCACAUUGAUCGUUUCACUGAGAAAGAAUCACAGCCGUUCUAUUCACUCCACAAUAAACCAUGAAUAUAAAUUGCUUCAUCAAAGUCGACAAUCAGCUAAUGUA